AUGAAGGUCGCCGGCGUCUUCUUCCUUGCCUCUCUGGCCGUGGCUUCGCCAUCCAUCAGCAUUGACACCGUUCAUGAUGGAGCUGCCCCCAUCCUUUCCUCUACCAGCGCCGAGACCAUUCCUGGCCACUACAUCAUCAAGUUCAAGAAGCACGUUUCCGCGGCGGAUGUGUCAGAGCAUCACACGUGGAUUCAGCAUCUUCACAAUGAGGGAGAACAGCGGAGGUUGGAGCUCCGAAAGCGUGGCCUCGGCAACGCUGACAUCUACAGCGGCAUUAAGCAUAUCUACAAGAUCUCUGACGAUUUCUUGGGUUAUGCCGGCCAUUUCGAUGAGGAUGUGAUCGAGCAGGUCCGACGACAUCCCGAUAUCGAAUUCAUCGAGAAGGACUCGAUUGUCCACACUCUCGUUCCCAUCCCUGGCAAGGAGGACGAAUGCAAGAGCGAGGUCGAGAAGAACGCCCCCUGGGGUCUUGCUCGUAUUUCGCACCGCGACACACUCUCUUUCGGCACUUUCAACAAAUACCUCUACGCUGCCGAGGGUGGUGAGGGUGUCGAUGCCUACGUUAUCGACACCGGCACCAACAUCGACCACGUCGACUUCGAGGGUCGCGCCAAGUGGGGCAAGACUAUCCCCGCUGGCGACGAUGACAUUGAUGGCAAUGGCCACGGCACCCACUGCUCCGGCACUGUUGCUGGCAAGAAGUACGGUGUCGCCAAGAAGGCCAAUGUCUACGCUGUCAAGGUUCUCAGGUCUAACGGAUCUGGUACCAUGUCCGACGUAGUGAAGGGCGUUGAGUACGCUGCCAACGCUCAUCUUGAGCAGGUUGAGGCGGCCAAGAAGGGCAAGCGCAAGGGCUUCAAGGGCUCUGUGGCGAACAUGUCUCUUGGCGGUGGCAAGACCGAGGCCCUCGACCGCGUAGUCAAUGCUGCCGUUGACGCCGGUAUCCACUUCGCCGUCGCUGCUGGUAACGACAACGCCGAUGCCUGCAACUACUCUCCUGCUGCUGCUAGCAAGGCUGUCACUGUCGGUGCCUCGGCUCUUGACGACAGCCGUGCCUACUUCUCCAACUGGGGCAAGUGCACUGACAUCUUCGCUCCCGGCCUCAGCAUCCAGUCGACUUGGAUUGGCUCCAAGUACGCCGUCAACACCAUCUCCGGUACCUCCAUGGCUUCGCCUCACAUUGCCGGUCUUCUCGCCUACUACCUCUCUCUUCAGCCCGCUAUCGAUUCCGAGUUCUACACUCCCCUCACCCCCGCGAAGCUGAAGGCCAACCUCCUCAAGAUCGCCACUGAGGGCACACUCACCGACCUCCCCAAGGAUACCCCUAACUUGCUUGCCUGGAACGGCGGUGGCUGCAGCAACUAUACCAACAUCAUCGAGCAGGGUGGUUAUAAGGUCAAGACCGUCUCUAACCUCGCCGAUGACUUCGAGGAUCUUUCCCUCCACGUCGUCAAGGGUGCCAAGGACUUCGCCAAGAUUGCUGACAAGCUCGGCGCGAAGGUCCACGAUAUGGUAGAGGAGGAGAUUAACAAGCUUUUGGCCGACCUUGAGGCUUAG